AUCCCAACUGGUUUGUCAUCCCUAGAUUUUACACGUCGUUGAUUUGUGUCGGACUGCUGGAAAAAUGGUUGUCCAAGAAGAUAAUCCCAAUAUUGGGGACGUAGUGGAGAAGACAGAGAGUGCUCCGGUGGCUCCUGAGCCAGUCAAGAUCUUCACCGUGGAGAUUCUGCAUAUGAUCAAGGAUGCCCAGCAGCAACACGGUCUGCGUCACGGUGACUUUCAGCGGUAUCGGGGUUACUGCACUCGUCGCAUCCGUCGGUUGAGGAAAGCCCUGAAGUACCCCCAGGGGGACAAGCGUCAUUUCAAGCGCCGCGAUGUGACCAUUGGACAGUUGACUGGAAAGAAGGCCGACGAGCGUUUUAUCCACAUCCCGUUGAUCAGUGCCGAGCGAGCCUGGGCGUACGCCAUGCAGCUGAAACAGGAGUCCAACACGGAGCCCCGCAAGCGCUUCCAUCUGAUCAACAAACUGAGGAGAGCAUGUUUCUACGCCCUCCAGCUGCAGGAGCUGUGCAACACGGAGGCCUUUGACGCUCGGACAAAGCUGGAAUGCGAGGCCUACGUUGCCUGGAUGCACGGCACCUUGCAUUUCGAACUGCAACUGUGGAAGACUGCCGGUGAGCACCUGAAACGCGCCCAGGUAGUGUACGAAAAUCUGGCCAAGGCAUUGCCCGACGAUGAACAGGAGCUGUACCGCGCUAAGGUGAACGAGUUCACGCCCAAUCUACGCUAUUGCGCGUAUAACAUCAGUGGUGGUGCCGGCGGCGGCAAGAUUGACGAAAUAUUGGAGUUGCGUGCCCAGGGAGUGCUUGAAAACCUUGAUGUGCUGGUCAGUCAGACAAAGACGGAGAGUAGCGAGGGCCUGCAGACGAUCGACUGGCGCGGUCGCAAGGUCACCGUACGUCCAGAGAAGGUACGCCUGUUCCUGCUCAGCGCCCAGGAGCUGGACAAGUCGCUGGCAAAGACCACAAAGCUGGACGCUAAGAUUGAGCUUAUUGAACGAAUCCUAAUGGAUUGCAAGGACGCCAUCCAGGCCGUUAGGGAUGAGAUCAAGCAGGAUCCUAAGCUGCGUUCGCUGACCACUGGCCAGACAGUCUCGGGAGUGCAAUACCUAUUGGCCUAUCUAAGCUAUAUUCGCCAUAGCCGCACGCUGCAGCGUAAUCUGUGCCUGGUUGAGCAGGCCAAGCUCAACUACGACGAUCCCAAUCAGCAGUCACAGCAGAGCAUCGGAGACGGCAAGCGCGUACGAUCACAGGAUUUGGCCCGCCUUUACGAAAUCAUUCUGCAGAAUGUUACCGAAAUGCAGCAAAUAACUGGCAUGGAGGAGGACGCCAAGUACCAGGCUGAGGUGGAAAACCUAUCCAUUACCUUCAAGGCCUUCCGCUGCUACUACAUUGCACUCACGCUCAUUGACAUGAAGAAGUGGAAGGAGGCAGUGGCGCUGUACGAACGCGCCUCCAACUAUGCCAGCGAGGCCCUGAAGGGCAAGGCCAGCCCAGAGUUUCAGCUGCAGGAGGAGCUCAAGAAGGUCGUUUCGGCCAUCGACGGUUGCAAGUUCUCCGCCCACGCCUACAGUGUGCUCGAGGAUGAUAACAGUGAAGAAGCCGGAACCACCACUAAGUCGCAGAAAACAACGAAGCCGCUGUACGAGAGGUUAUCCCUGUACAAGGAGGACCAAUCUCUGCACACUAAAACCCCCAACGUGUUCAAGCUUACGCCCGACAUGGAACCCAUUCCAUGCAAGCCCCUCUUCUUUGAUCUGGCCAUGAACUACGUGGAGCUACCCUCCUUGGACGAUAAGCUAGAGUCGCCCGGGAAGAAGGGACCCUCGAUUACCGGCUUUGUCAAGGGAUUCCUUGGAUGGGGCGGUGGCGGAAAGUGAGAUUUCGCCGGAAACAGCUCGAAACGGACCAGUCUUUCGGAAUUCCACGCAUGCAUGUUACACUUGUAAAGCCUUCAGAUCCAUGUCCACGCUCCGGCGUGUCCUCUGUUCUUUAUAAGUUCUUUGUUUUGGCUUUAAAUCCCGCCAGAUUUGUUUUUCUACGAAACAUUUGUAAGUUAAAAAUGAACAAUUAUUCGGUAAUAAAGGAACCUACAACUACUA